GGAAGCUUCUCUGACCUCUCCAGACUCCGUCUCACACCCAGGAGGCGUACCGUGCGCUGCUGGGCCGGUGACGCCCAGGAGCCCGAGCUCGGCCAUGCAAGAGGAAUCUUCUCCCGCCGCCCCGCGCUACCAGCCCGCCUGCCCCACGAGAGCCGCGUGUGUCUACAGCAGCUGCUACUGCGAAGAAAAUAUCUGGAAGCUCUGUGAAUACAUCAAAAACCAUGACCAGUAUCCCUUAGAAGAAUGUUAUGCUGUCUUCAUAUCAAAUGAGAAGAAGAUGAUACCCAUCUGGAAGCAGCAGGCGAGACCUGGAAACGAGCCCGUGAUCUGGGAUUACCAUGUUGUUUUGCUUCAUGUUUCAAGUGGAGGACAGAGCUUCAUUUAUGACCUUGAUACAGUGCUGCCAUUUCCCUGCCCCUUUGACACAUAUGUAGAAGAGGCCUUUAAGUCUGACGAUGACAUUCAUCCGCAGUUUAGGAGGAAAUUUAGAGUCAUUCGUGCUGAUUGCUAUUUGAAGAACUUUGCCUCUGACCGGUCUCACAUGAAAGACUCCAGUGGGAACUGGAAGGAGGCCCCCCCACCUUACCCCUGCAUCGAAACCGGAGACUACAAAAUGAACCUGAAUGACUUCAUCAGUAUGGAUCCUGAAGUCGGCUGGGGAGCUGUCUACACACUACCUGAAUUUGCACAUCGGUUUAGCAGUAAAAGCUGCUGAACUGGACACUGGGAUGUGGAGCCGUGGAGAAUCCAGGAUGUGAACAAGUCAUGUGGUCGUUUAGGGCAGCAGACGUGGUACCACUGGUUUGGAGUUUCAUGUUUCUCUUUUACUUCAGUGGAAUAGAAAUGUGGAUGAGCACAAAUACAAACAAACUGAGUAAAACCUUUUCUGGGCUGGGGUAGAGUGUGUCCUUAGUAUGUGUGAGGCCCUGGGUUCUGUCCCAGCACCACAGAUAAAACAAAACUCCUCUUCUGGGUUGUCAAGUGGAAACUUGCCAUGGCAUAUGAUUGCUGCUGUGUGGUGCUUGUUUUGUUCUUCUGUUUUUGGUAGCUGGGAUUGAACCCACAGCCUUGUACUUGCCAGGCAGGCUCUUGUGCCACUGAGCUGUAUCCCCGGCUGUCGGUGUCGCUCCCGGCCGGCAGGAAGAACACACGACAAAAUCUGGCGGUGGCGAACUGUUCUAUUUUAUUUCUCUCCUCCUUCACAGUCUACCCCGGGACUCGUCCCGGCCGAAGCCUCUGUUGGUCCGCUCCCCGCGGCUCCUUCCGUGCUUCUCCCUCCAGGGGUGGAGGUACUGGCUAUAUAUAGGAUUGUGGCCUCCAAUCAAAUCAAGGUGGGUCGCGUAAGCUGAUUGGCUAGCAACAUUAGUAGCUAGGCAGACUACCCUGCGAGGCGGGAACUUAGUGGGGUGAUAGGGAUCAGGAAGCAGGAAACAGGCGCCACCUUGGCGGGCUCGAUGGGAGGGGUAAUCUAGCUCAGGCUUUUGUACUUUCCUACAGGCCUCGCGAUCACCGCGUCUGAUGACCUGGCAGUGCCACGGCUCCCAACAUCUCCCCCUUCUUUAUUUUCUAAGAAAAUACGCGUCGAAGCCUGUCCUGGACUGGGUGUAGAGGCUUGUGCCCUAUAUGCAGGCCCGCCACAGGUCCUUGGCGUCGACCCGGUCGGCCGUACCAUGGUCGGCCAAGGCCUUGAGGCCCUUGUCCUUUUUCUAGGGCCAGGCGCGAACUGGACGGAACCUGGAUGCACACAAGCUUGCACUCAUUUCUCUCCACGAAUCCCCUCGGAGAGAAAUUUAGACCUAGGCAGCAUCUAACAAUCCAGCGGCUUUCGAGCGGAACGGGGUAGGGCCUGGCUUAGGUUGAGUCGCACCGGGGAAGUGCGCUCUUACCCGUCUUUGACUCAUCUACCCAACGAUGCUGUGCUUAUGGGGAAGAAUAUGGGAAGCUCAUUGCACUCAAACCCGGUCGUAGGCCAGGCGAGCGAGCCAUGCAUAUGCCUGAGGGUCCUCCUGCCCAUUUCGAGCCGCCUCCAGAGCCGCAUGGGCGACCAGACGGAUCUGGCGUCGGGCCGCCGCGAGGCGAUUGUUGAUGAAGGAGGUGGCCCAUCGAAAAACGCAUGGGCCUAUAAGCAAGAUCAGGAACAAGGAGCAUAGCGGGCCAAGAUAUCCUCAGUUGCCUAUGGACGGGGGGGUUCCACCUCCCAGCAGACAUCUGCACAAUCAACUGAUGAAGUGUACCUCUGAGGGGGAGAUGUAGCGGUACCCCCUUUGCAAUCACAGGGGUUCCCAUGGAUACUGGCUCUUAGGUCGUCUCUAGACAUAGGGCCCCCAAAACCAGCAUGUACCAUAUCAAUCCUGAGGAAGAGUAGGACGACAGCUCCAUGGAGGGAGGUGGUCCUAUAUUUUUUCAUCUUGCUCGCUGGUCUGUAGUUGGUCUUUAGCUGAGCAGGCCUGAUCUCUGAUCAAGGGGCUUGUCGCUCGUGUCAGUCUCUCUGGUACCCACAAUGGUUCUCGUCCCGGUUCCUGUGGGAAGACACAAACCGCACCUCGGUUCCAGCUGAUCACCGGAUCCGGGCCCAUCCAUUGUCCUGUCAGGACGUCCUUCCAUUUAACCCAGCCUCUAUGGUUGUGAAGGCUUGCAGUGCUCCAUAGCUGGGGAGCAAUUAUCACCAUUUAAAUUUAAAAAAUUAUGUGUAAAUAGUGCCAUGGAUAAUCGUGCCUUUGGGGGCAGUCCUUGACCUACUCCCCCUUUUUGUUUAUCUAGAAUUGCUUUGAGACUUCUGUGAGCCCUUUCGAUAAUUCCCUGACCUUGAGGAUUGUAUGGGAUACCAUGUUUUAACUGGACUUCCAUCAUUGCGCAGAACUCAUUGAAGGCUUUCCCCGUGUAAGCUGGUCCGUUAUUGGUCUUUAAUGUUUUGGGUUUGCCCCACGCGGCCCAAGCCGCCAGGCAAUGAUUGAUUACAUGAGACACUCUUUCGCCUGCCUCUGCUGUUGCAAAUAUGAUAUGAGAGCAGGUGUCUGUGGAGACAUGGACAUAUUUUAGAGUCCCAAACUCUUGGAUAUGUGUGAUGUCCAUCUGCCAAAUGUCACCAGGGACCAAGCCCCGAGGGUUUACACCCAUCGGUAUGACAGGUUUAUAUGUGGCGCAAGAGCCACAUAGUCGCACGAUGUCUCGUGCCUCUGCUCUGGGAAUCUGGAAAUGGCUUGCUAGUGUCCUGGCAUUGAUAUGGAACUUAUCAUGGAAGGCGUGGGCUCGCUCAAUUGAUGUCUGAAAGGAAAAAAUCCAUAACGGGCGAGUGGCGCCAUCAGCGGCCGCUUUCCCCUGUGCCAUAGGCCCUGGCAGGGAUGUAUGUGCUCUUAUGUGGGUGGUGAAGACCUUAUGGUGUCUGUUCUGAAGCAAUGUCUGGAUAGACAGGAACAGCCCAGCCACUGUGGAAGUGGAUCUAAUUAAACCGGCAGUCUCAAGCACUUGCAUAGCAUUGACCACAUACCUAGAAUCGGAGACAAUGUUAAUGGCUCCUGAGAACCUUUCAAGAAUCAUUUUAACGAUCUGCAGUUCCACCACCUGAGGCUGAUCUGGUUCAAAUUGUAUGGUAACCGGGGGCUUGCCUAGGAUCACAUAGGCGCCUAUCCCCGUCUUGGAGCCAUCUGUAUAUAUUGUAGUUGCUGGGACUAAUGGCUCAGAGGCAGUAACCUUUGGAAAAAUUACAGGGUGCUGAGUAACAAAUGACAAGAUAGGGUCUUUAGGGUAUUGAUUGUCUAUAUCCCCAUGGAAAACACAUCUCAAAAUGGCCCAAGUAUCUAUGCAGGCAGCCAGGGUCUUGAUCUGGCUGGCGGUAUAGGGUACUCGGAUGGCUUGUGGUCCUGAGCCAAAAUGUUGGACAGCUCUAUCAUGCGCUUCAAGGGCCAAUGAAGCGACUGCCUCCGGGUAAUGUUCUAUGACUUUUGCAGGUGAGACCUUAGGGUGUAUCCACAGGAGUGGUCUUUUCUGCCAAAUCACCGCUGUGGGCUGUAGACUAGUCUGCAGCAGACAGACGUCAAAGGGUCGCCCUGGUUCAAUUCUGUGUAAGGUAGCCCCACCUAAGGCUUUUUUUACUCUCUGUAAGGCAGCUCUUGCCUCAGGAGUGAGCCUCCUGUGGGAGGCUAUAUCUGGGUCUCCCUUCAGAAGGUCGAACGGGGGUUUGAGAUCUGAAUUUGGUAUAUGUAAAUAUGGCCUAAUCCAAUUAAUGUCUCCCAAUAGCUUUUGCAUGUCAUUUAGGGUCGUAACGCCAUCCGUCCUAAUGGUGACCUUCUGCGGAGAGACUAGCAUAGGGGAGAUUCUCGCGCCUAAGUAGGUCACCAUUUCUCCUCCCUGAAUCUUGUCGGGGGCAACAUGCAGAUUGGCUUGUCUCAAGGCCUCGACCAACUGGCCGAGCAUAUUAUUUAGCAUGUCUGGGUCCCUGCCGCUGAACAAAAGGUCGUCCAUGUAAUGCACACAUCUUAUCUUGGGAAAGGAUUUCCGUAGGGGGGCCAGUAGGGAUCUGACACAUAGUGGGACUGUUGGCCAUACCUUGGGGCAGCGUUAUCCACUCGUAUCUGAGAUCAGGGCUUUCUUGGUUAAUGGUGGGUAAAGUAAAGGCGAACCUAUGGGUGUCCUCUGGAUGCAGGGGGAUUGAGAAGAAACAGUCUCUAAGAUCUAUAACAUAAAUCGGCCAAGACUGAGGGAUGGCUGAGAGAGCUGGCAGCCCCCUCUGGACCGCCCCCAGGGACUGCAUCUGCGCGUUGACCGCCCUUAGAUCAUGGAGCAGCCUCCACUUGCCAGACUUUUUCUUAAUUAUAAAAAUGGGGGCGUUCCAUGGGGAGGUCGACGGCUUAAUGUGUCCUAAUCUAAGUUGUGUACUGACUAUUUCUGACAAGGCUAAUAGCUUCUCCUUAGGCAGGGGCCACUGAGGUACCCAAACCGGAUCAUUUGAUUUCCAGGUGAUUUUGAUCGAAGUGGGUAGGAGAGCUUCUUCAGCGGCCCCUAAGAAAAACCCAGCCCUUGCCUACCUUUUCUGUUCUCUACUGGUAUUGGGGAUGUCCGACCCUGUAGGGCAUUGCCCAAGCCUUUGCCGGGGGUAUAUCCCUGGUUCCUGAGUAUAUCCUUAGCCUGGGGGGAGCAGUUUGACGUAAGUGUGACAUCCAUCUGAGUGAGGAUGUCCCUUCCCCAUAGAGACACUGGCAACUGCAACACAAAUGGUUGGAAAUGGCCCUGAUGACCCUCCUCAUCGCACCAGAGAAGGGUUGAGGCGCUAACCUGGGGGGCUGACACCAUCCCCAGACCUUGGAGCGUGUUGUCUGCAGUGUUGGUAGGCCAGCCAGAAGGCCAGUUCUUUCUGGAGAUAAUGGAGCGAUCAGCUCCUGUAUCUAAGAGGCCUGUUAUACUCUUACCAUUGACUUUGAGUGAAAGCAUGGGUCUUUUAUCAAGUGUCAUGUGCAGCCCCUCGAAGACCUCCCCGGAGGAGCCAAAGUGUUGGUUUCCUCUAAUCUUUUGUUUUGCCGGGAACCUCCCAUGGAGACUGGGAAGCAGCAAGAGCUGCGCUAUCUUAUCUCCCUUAUUGAUCACCAUCGUACCCGCAAGGGACUGGACCAUAAUUUUGACAUUUCCCAUGUAGUCUGAGUCAACGACCCCAGGGAUCACCGUAAGACCCCGGAGGGCGGUGGAGGAUCUUCCGAUUACCAGACCCACGGAAUUCUCGGGAAGUGGCCCCCGGAAGGUGGUCUUGACUAUCUGAACACCCAUGUCAAGCGCUAAUAUGAAUCUGGAGGCGACACUGAGGUCCACACCUGCUGACCCAGGGGUGGCCCUUGUUGAAGGCUGCCAUCCUGUGUUGUCCUGUCUCUGGGGCGGGGGCCCGCCUGUGAGGAGGGCCCCCUCUGGCCGUUUUUUGGCUCUCUAGCAUCUCGUCCACAAAUACGGUUGCCCUGAGCAUCAAAGACCGACCUACACUCCUCAGCUUUGUGUGGUCCCUUCUUGCAUCGCCCACAAACAUAUGGCUCUUCAUUCCUAGGACGGGGCCUAGCAUCUGCAUUGUUUGGGCAGUGACGUUUAAUGUGUCCUGGCUCCCCGCAGGCAAAACACCCUUUGGCCUUACGUUCCUCUCCUGAUCCGCGGGGUCCCUUCUGCUGUACAGCUGCUGCCAGGAGAGCGGCAACUCCCGAAUUGGAGAGCGGCCCCCCGAUCUCUCUGCAUAUUCUGAUCCAGUUGUUAAGAUCCUUGUUCUUAUGGGGGGCUAUUGCUGCUUUACAUUCCUUUGUGCGUUGCUCGAAAAUCAACUGUCUAACCAGCGGUUGAGCCACUUCCCUAUCGGAAAAGAUCUUAUCGGCGGCAUCUUGCAUCCGAGCCACAAAAUCAACGAAUGGCUCUGUUGUGCCCUGGACUAUCUUAGAGAGGCACAAGGAUGCCGCUCCGGCACCACUCACCUGCUUCCAGGCGCGAAGCCCAAUGGUAUUGAUCUGCUCAUAAACUGCACCAGGGAACUGAGUCUGAUCAUCAGCGUGUUGGCCUUCCCCCAUAAGCAUGUCUCUAUUCCACCCCCGGUUCCCUCGGUUAGCGUUUCUUUCCGCCUGUUCGGCAGCGAACUCGGCGUACCAGGCCCGCCAAUCCAGGUAACUACCCGAGGGCAGACACGCCUUUGCCAGCUGAAUCCAGUCCGUGGGGGUGAGGGGUCCCGCAGACAGGUUCUCUAGCAUAGCGAUGGUAUAUGGCGCCGUCGGCCCAAAGGUUGUGACUGCAUUCUUGAGUUCUCUAAUCUGUUUUAUCUCAAAAGGCUCCCAUGCAUUACGUCCCUGGCCCAUAGCUAUUUGCACGGGGAAUAUCCCAUAGGGGCCACUGUCUAUCCCAGGCAGCAGAUGGUCCCCGAGGGGCAGACACCCGCCCUGCCAAAGCCGCCUAUGAAAGUACCGUCCAGCAGGCGGCGGAGCGUCGUAAGAUGGCGGCCCAUGUAUCACUUCCUGUUCUGAUGGAAGAAGGGGGAGCUCCCACGUGGCUGCCUCGCGGCGGGGGACCGCCUCGGGGGGCGGCCCCCAAGGCGGGGCAGAGGGCUUAACUUCCUUCUCCAGCCAGGGGGCGCUCAGGAGCUCCCUGCUCUUCCGUAGACCAAUUUGGGCGGAGCGCAGCUCGCGGCACAGCGCGGCGAAGGACCCCCGCGAUUCUUUGUCAGGUGGCUUAUCCUCCUGGCAUCCAGACCCUUCUGUCUCGCCUCCAUUCAGGUCCUCCUCGUCCUCAGAGUCGGACGACUCCGGGGCCUCAGUCCUACCCUCCCCCCUUGUCUCUCUAUUCCCCUUGAUGGAUCCUUCUCGGGAGCUCCCUGACUGAGUCUGUUCAAAAACCCUGCGUGCCUCGGUAAGUUCUUGAGAGCUUUCCCCGCUUCCGCACUCGACCCUCAGGCACGCAUAUAUCAUUUCCCACAGAGGCCGAGCGGAAACCGAUGCUCUGCCCUCCCUCUCCGCUAGAGAAAGGUCCCUACCCAGCUUUUCCCAUGAGGGUAGGUUUAGAUGCCCCGUAGGCAAGAACCAGGGGGCGAAGCUGUCAAUCUCUUCUAAAAAAUUUUCCAGAGUCUUGCGCCCUACCUUAAGAUCUCUUGACUUUAAGAGCUUCCGGAGGACCUGCACCAGGGGCUGAGUGUCCCUACUCGGUACAUUUCCCAUUUUUAAUAUGUUGCUCACCGCGUGAGGUCUAAGGGUCCACCACUUACGUGUGAGCCUGAGAGGAGUCUACAAACCCUGUAGGUGCGCGCCACCCAGGGCCCAGGCUUAUCCCCUACUCACCUGUCCUGUAGCUCUGUGUCGAAGGACUUUAUCCACCGCCUCGUCUCAGGGCUGAUCAGUUCCCCGUACGGGCCACCAGAUGUCGGUGUUGCUCCCGGCCGGCAGGAAGAACACACGACAAAAUCUGGCGGUGGCGAACUGUUCUAUUUUAUUUCUCUCCUCCUUCACAGUCUACCCCGGGACUCGUCCCGGCCGAAGCCUCUGUUGGUCCACUCCCCGCGGCUCCUUCCGUGCUUCUCCCUCCAGGGGUGGAGGUACUGGCUAUAUAUAGGAUUGUGGCCUCCAAUCAAAUCAAGGCGGGUCGCGUAAGCUGAUUGGCUAGCAACAUUAGUAGCUAGGCAGACUACCCUGCGAGGCGGGAACUUAGUGGGGUGAUAGGGAUCAGGAAGCAGGAAACAGGCGCCACCUUGGCGGGCUCGAUGGGAGGGGUAAUCUAGCUCAGGCUUUUGUACUUUCCUACAGGCCUCGCGAUCACCGCGUCUGAUGACUUGGCAGUGCCACGGCUCCCAACACCCGGCCCCUCAUGUGGCUCUUAGGUUAAAACGCCUGACAGCUCUGCCAGUCAUUGCUUGCUCCUCUGCACCUUCCCUGUUUCUGUAGCUACACUGUAAGCCCUGUGGGCAAGACCAGGGCUCAUAGAUGCGAGAACCCAGAUGUGCCCACAGAAGAUGUCUAUCGGUAUUUCUAGAGACAGCAUGGCUGCUUGGGAAGGGAUUGUACUGUGAGCUGACUCAGCAAUAAGUAUUAGUCUUUUUGGACUAAUGUUGUUAACAAUUGCAUUACAAUGAUUUUGACCUACUUAUAAGUGAUUUUUAAAAAAUAAUUUGAAAUUUAUUGUGUUGAAAGUUUUGUGUCAUUAUUCAUGAGCCUGAGUAUCUUAACACCCAACAAUAUCUCAGUCAUAUGUGAGACCCAUCUAUGUGCUUUUUAAAAAUGUGCUUUAAAACACAUUUGUCAUGUCUGCCUUCUUGGAAAAUUGACUUUAAUUGUACAGUUCCAAAUAAAAGAUACUUGGCUUUAAA